AUGAAAAAAAAUACUUUUACAAAAUUAAUUAUAUUUUUUUCUAUUAUAUUUCAUUUAAUUUGGUGUCAAAAUAUAACAGAAUUACCUGAAGAAAAUGAAGAAUUAUCAAAAUUAACAAAUGUAAAAGUAACACUUAAAUUUGGUAAUAUAGAAUUUACCUCAUCAAUUUCAUCUAAUGAUAUUCCACAUGAAACAUAUGAUAAUGAAGUAUUAUGUUACUGUACAUUUGAUCAAUGUGAUAAAGAGGUUAAACAUUUAUUAGGAAAUCAAUAUAAUAAUACCUGUCGUUCUAAGGAUGGAACAUGCUACGUUGAAUUGCAUAAUAUAGCUGAUUAUGGAUCACAUCCACAUUAUGUAUAUAGUUAUGGUUGUGAAGAAAAUCACUUUAAAAUAGUUGGUAGUUGUAAUACAAAAGGACAAUCCAAAAGAGGUGAUGAUUUAUUUUUAUGUUGUACCAAUGAAAAUUAUUGUAACAAAGCAUUUGAUUUACCAGAUUUAAAUGCUAAAGUUAGAAGUAUGAUAGUUAUUAGAUUUAUACAAACAAUUAUUCUUAUUAUAUGUUCAAUGACUUUUGUAUCAAUUUUUUUAUUAUAUAUUAUAUCACUUACAUCAAAAGGACAAAGAUUUCUUAGUGUUACAAAAAGAUAUGUUCAAUUAAAGGCUAAUUCUAUUUUACCAUUAACAUAUUUUAAUUUUAAAUGUUUUAAUAGAACUUUUGAUGAUGAAUCAAUUCAUAGAUCAACUGAACCAACAGUUAUAACUGAUUUAAUAUCAGAAUUAGAUAAAACAGAUGGUGGAUUUGAUGAUUCUGGUUCUAGAGGUUUUCCACUUAUUAUGCAACGUACCAUAGCUAGAGAAGUUGUCUUAGAAAAAACAAUUGGUAAAGGACGUUUUGGAAAUGUAUAUUCUGGUACAUGGAGAGGUGAAACAGUUGCUGUUAAAAUAUUUCAUACACGUGAAGAAUUAGCAUGGAGUAAAGAAGUUGAAAUAUAUCAAACAAAUAAUUUAAGACAUCCAAAUUUAUUACGUUUUAUAGCAAGUGAUAAUAAAGAUACAGGAAUGUCAACACAAUUAUGGUUAAUAACAGAAUUUCAUAAAUUAGGUUCAUUAUAUGAUUAUUUAUCUGAAAAUAUAAUAUCAAUGGAGGUUGCCGCAAAUAUGAUACAUUCAUUUGCUAAUGGUUUAUCAUAUCUACAUACGGAAGUACCAUCACUUGACACAAAACCUAUUAUAGCACAUCGUGAUCUUAAAAGUAAAAAUUUACUUGUUAAAAAUCAUUAUACAUUAGUAAUAGCUGAUUUUGGUUUAGCUAAAAGAGAUGAUAAACAUGCUAAAUUAACAAAUCCUCAUGAACCAGAAAUAUUUGCAUGUGAAAGAGUUGGUACAGUAAGAUAUUUACCACCAGAAUUAUUAUUAAAUGAAAAAAAUUUUCCUUCAUUUGAAUCAUAUAAAAGAUCUGAUGUUUAUUCAGCAGCCUUAAUAAUGUGGGAAAUAUUAUCAAGAACAUAUGAACCAGAAGAAUAUCCAUAUGUUAAAGAUAUUAAUGAAUUAAAAGAAUUAAUACCUGAAUAUGAAGAACCAUAUUCAGAAUGGUUAAAUAGAAAUCCAACAAUUGAUGAAGUUAAAGUUGUUGUUGUAGAUAAAAACCUACGGCCACCAUAUCCAUCACAAUUUAAAAAUAUUCAACAUAAUUCAUUAAUAUUAUAUAAUAUGAUUCAAGAAUGUUGGCAUCCAGAACCGCAAAGUCGUAUUAAUUCAACAUAUGUUAAAAAUUUAGUAGGUAAAUUAAUAUUUAAAUCAUUUAAAACUCUUCUUGAAAAUAAGAUACAAGAUUAUAUAAAACCAAUUAUGCAAUGUAUGCCAAAUAGUCCAAAUAACUUUAAUAAAAUAGAAUCAACAAAUGAGACAAAUAUAAAUGAUGAAAUACCUAAAAAUAUAUCAAUGAAAAAUAUUGAUAAUAAUGAAACAUCUAUAUAUGAAAAAUUACCUAAAAGGGAGGAUGAAAAAUUAUUAAAAUAA